UGCUGACUGGACGGCCGCGACAGGGACGUCCGCUGGUGAGACGUCGACAUCAUGGCGCUCCCAACAGCCCCUACAAAACACGCCCUGAGCUUCCCCGCUAGCUUCAAAACACCCAUCGUCGGGAGCGUGCACUCGCAUUGGAAAUGCCUGACUCUGAGCUGAACAGUCCGGCGUCAUCGUCCGCCUCGCCGCCGCCAUCCCCGACCACGGCGAGACGCGGAGUUCUGGAGAAGAGGGGGAGGGAUGCCGGUGGCAAUGGCGCGGGCGGCCGGCACCCGGCGUACCGCGGCGUUCGGAUGAGGGCGUGGGGGAAGUGGGUGUCCGAGAUCAGGGAGCCGCGCAAGAAGUCGCGCAUCUGGCUGGGCACCUUCCCGACGCCAGAGAUGGCGGCACGCGCGCACGACGCCGCGGCGAUCGUCGUGAAGGGCCCUGCAGCCGUGCUCAACUUCCCCGAGCUGGCCUCGUCCCUGCCGCGCCCGGCCUCCGCCGCGCCCCACGACGUGCAGGCCGCGGCAGCCCGCGCCGCUGCCAUGGACCCUGCCCCCGUGCGCGAAGGCAUGAGCGCGGAGCCAAUGCCGGCUGCUGCGACGUCGCCCCUGUGGUGCCGCGGGCAGAUGUUGAGCCAGGUCGACGACGAGCUUGAGGAAAUCAUCGAGCUGCCAUCCAUCGACGAGGACAUCGCGGCCGCUGUUGAGGUCGCGUUCGGGGGCACGUUCUGCCAAGACCCCGUCGCCGAGCCGUGGUACGAAGCAGCGUGGCUGGGAGAGCACGCGGGCAUUGGCUCGCACGACGAGCUGGCCGUGUCCGCGCUCGGUCUGGAGCCGUCUCAGUUCUGGGGGCAACCCGAUGGCAUCGCCGCGUCCGGGUUCGGUGCGCUCUUGUGGAACCUGUAAUAAUAGCAAAUAAUCCGUCACUCUCCCUCUUUUUUGACUUGUGAAUAUGGAAUUUCUUUCUCUCUUGUCAGCUUCUAAAUUUUCCGUCCUUUAAUUUGACUAUUUGUGGCUACCCGUGACUGUGAUCUAGGUGGUUGAUACUGAUGCACAUUAAUAAUAAUCGAUGCCUCAGUGCACGUUUGUAAA